GAGGGAGCGGCGCUCGCGGUGCCCGCGGGGCGUCCGGGUUGCAGCUCGCCCCAGCCACGCCUGCUCCGCGGCCGCGAGCCAGGAUGGCAUUAGCUCUGUGUCCGCAGGUGCUGUGCAGCCUGGGGGGCUGGCUCUCACUCUACAUCUCUUUCUGCCGCCUGAAUAAGCACCGAAGCUUUGAGUGGAGCUGCCGGCUGGUGACGUUCACCCAUGGAAUCCUCUCCAUAGGCCUCUCGGCUUAUAUUGGCUUCAUUGAUGGCCCCUGGCCUUUUACCCACCCAGGCUCACCCAAUACUCCUCUCCAAGUGCACGUUCUGUGUCUCACCUUGGGCUACUUCAUCUUCGACUUGGGCUGGUGCAUCUACUUCCAGUCCGAGGGGCCCCUGAUGCUGGCUCACCACACGCUCAGUAUCUUGGGCAUCAUCAUGGCCCUGGUGCUCGGGGAGUCAGGCACAGAGGUCAACGCGGUCCUCUUUGGAAGUGAGAUCACCAACCCCUUGUUGCAGAUGCGCUGGUUUCUCCGAGAAACAGGCCGCUACCACAGUUUCACUGGAGAUGUGGUGGACUUCCUCUUCGUGGCCCUGUUUACCGGAGUGAGGAUUGGUGUAGGAGCUCGCCUUCUUUUCUGCGAACUAGUCUCCCCCAAGCCCAGGUGGUUUGUGAAAGUUGGGGGAGUAGCGAUGUACGCUGUAUCUUGGUGUUUCAUGUUCAGCAUCUGGCGCUUCGCGUGGAGGAAAAGCAUCAAGAAAUACCAUGCCUGGAGAACCAGGCGGGGCGAGGAGCGACAGCUGAAGCAGAACGGCCAUCUCAAAACGCACUAGCCAUGACUUUGUCCAGAUGGUGGGUCAGAGUUAGUUGGCU